GUUUUUGUUAAAUGUCAGAAUAUUUUAGAAAGUAUAUCAAAAAAGAGCAUUAUGCUAAUCAUUAGUAUGAGAUUAUAUUAAAAUUGUAGCACAAACCUAAAAUUUAAAACAUCUUUUAGAAAUUGCAUAUUGGAAGUAUUUAACAAUUAUUAAAGAAGGCUUUUAAAAGAAGAUUAUGGAAAGAGACUGAUGGGGAUGAUUGGGAUAUAAUGUGGGCUGAGAAAGAAUGGAUUCAUGAAGUAAUGGAUCAUACUCAUCUUUAACCUAAUUAAAAAAUAAAUCAUUUUAGAAAUCAUUACGAAGUAUUAACAAAACCAAUAAAUUAGUUAACUAGGAAAGAUCUUAUGAUAAAGAAUUUAAAACGAUAUAAGAAAAACUUAGAAAGAGAAGGAAAAUAAGAAGAUGCUAAUAAGUAUUUAUUGCAUUAAUUUAAUACAGUUAUAAUUUCUACCCUUUAACUUUCCACUUGCCUAGUGAAUAUCCAAUAUUCUUUGAGGAGUUUAAAAGACAAUCAUAAAAUGGUGAUACUAAAACUGCUUGGAUUAUGAAACCUGUAUUAAAUAUAAAUCAUUUUUAGAUUGGAAAAUCUCAAGGAAAAGGCAUAUUCAUCUUUAAUAAAAUUUAAUAAAUAUCACAAUGGAAGAACACUUUACGUUAUAAUUAAGAUAAUCCAUAAGCAGAAGCUUACAUAGUUUAAAAAUAUUUAGCAGACCCAUUGCUUAUAGGAGGUAAGAAAUUUGAUAUGAGAAUAUAUCUAUUAUGUACUUCCUAUUAACCUUUAACAUUAUAUCUUUACAGAACAGGAUUUGCAAGAUUUACACAUCAUCGUUAUGAUAAUGAAGACAUUACAAAUACAUGUAAGAUAUCUAUUUUUAUCUAAAAUUUAAGAUGUUCAUUUAACAAAUGUAGCCAUCUAAAAGACAUCUGACAAUUAUGAUGAAAAACUUGGAGGAAAAUGGAAUUUAUAAACACUUAAACUUUAUUUAAUGGCUAAAUAUGGCUAAGAAAAAGUUGCUGAAACUUUUUAUAAUAUAUAAAUGUUAAUGAUUAGAUCACUUUAAGCUGUCUAAAAAAUUAUUAUUAAUGACAAACAUUGUUUUGAAUUAUAUGGAUUUGAUAUUUUAUUGGAUGCUUAAUUAAAACCAUGGCUCUUAGAAGUAAAUGCAAGGUAUUUUUAUUCAAUCUAAAUUUAAGUCCAUCAAUGACUUCUAAUACACCUAUUGAUUUUGAAUUAAAAUGUGGUUUAUUAGAUGAUGUAUUUACAAUUAUUGAUUUGGAAAAAGUAUUAACAGGAAAUGAAGAAUAAAUUGGAGGAUUUGAUUUAAUAUGUAAAGGAGCUCCAAUUAAAUUACCUAUUAAUAGCACAUUUACUACAUAUUUAGGUGCAUUUAAUAAUAGAUAAUAAUAACUUAAAAAAAUUGCCAAAUCGACUGCAAUCAGAUUAGCUUAAACAUAUUAGGAAACCUAAACAAAAGCUAUUGAAAUUGGUUCUAAAGGAUAAAAAGAAAAAGAAGAAAAAGAUAAAUAAAUGAGAAGUUCAUCUAAAGGACCAUAAGCUAUGCAAGUAGACUUUUUCUCUUAUUUUUUAGAAUGGAGUUAAUGGAAGUAAUAAACCAAAUAAUUUAUCUAAAUAAAAUACAAUUAUGAAAAGAAAUACUACAAAUUUACCAGCUUUAGGAGCUGUUUAAAAUAAAAGCAACAUUAAAAGAUAACCUUUAUAAAAUGCUGGAUAAUAACAAUAACAACUUUAGUAAUCGUAAUCUAAUUCAAGCAAAAAGUUAAUAUUUUUAUUUAUUAUUAGAAAUAAUCCUAACGAAGAUUCAAUGUUGAGUGCUAAUCAAAAGUUAUAAAAAUUAACUUAAGAAAGUAAAAUAAAUUAGUUUUAACCUUAUAAAUAAUAAUCAUAAUAUAAUGAUGUUAUGGGAAUGGGCUCGAGAAAUCUUUAAAAAAACGAAGAAUGA